UCCUCUUUGUUACUGUCUCUCUCCGUGUCUCAUCACCAAAGACCCAAGUAUAAUCCUUUUUUUCUCAUUUCUCUGUCUCUAUCUCUCUUCUCAAAAGGAAAAGAGUGAGCUAGAGAGACUGGGAGAGUGAGAGAUUAGUUCUUCUGUGCUGCUUCUUCUGCUUCUGUAAUGAAGUAAUGAGCAAAAGAUCAAACUUCUUCUGCCCAGAAGAAGCUGGAAAUGGAUCAACACCAACUCCUACAUAGCAAUCUGGUCGAUUUACUUUUCUGUGAAGAAGAAAGAUUUGAAGACGAAGAAGAACUAGAAAUAAAUAAUGAUUUUAGAAAGAACCCAUCUUUGUUUUUGCUAGAACAGGAUAUGUUUUGGGAAGAUGAAGAACUAAUAUCCCUGUUUGCUAAAGAACGAGAGACUUAUAAUGUAAUCAUUAGUAAUCUUGAAACUCAUCAGCUCCCAUUCCUUGGAUCAGUUCGUAAAGAAGCAGUGAAAUGGAUAUUAAGAGUCAUUUCUCAUUAUUCAUUUUCUCCACUUACUGCUAUUCUUUCUGUUAAUUACUUAGAUAGAUUUCUCUCUAGUCAUCAUUUUCAAAGAGAGAAACCAUGGAUGACCCAACUUGUUGCAGUUUCUUGUCUUACUCUAGCAGCUAAAGUUGAAGAGACUCAAGUUCCACUUCUCUUAGAUUUCCAAGUUGAAGAAUCUAAGUAUAUCUUUGAAGCCAAAACAAUCCAGAGAAUGGAGCUUCUGAUUCUUUCAACACUUCAAUGGAAGAUGAAUCCAGUAACUCCUAUUUCAUUCAUUGAUCACAUUAUUAGAAGACUUGGGUUUAGCAACAAUCUACAUUGGGAAUUCCUCCGAAGAUGUGAACAUCUUCUUCUGUUAGUAGUUGCAGAUUCCAAGUUUUUUCGUUACCUUCCAUCAGUAUUAGCAACUGCAAUAAUGCUUCACGUUAUUGACGAGGUUGAACCUGAAAACCGAAUGGAAUAUCAAAACCAACUCAUGACCGUUCUAAAACUCACAAAGGAGGAUGUAGAGGAGUGUUAUCAAUUCAUAAUGAAAUGGGCAUUUAGCUGCAAUGGCAAUAAACGAAAGUAUGGAUCAUCAAUUCCAUCUAGUCCAAAUGGAGUCAUUGAUGUAUCAUUCAGUUAUGGUUCAGAUAACUCAAAUGAAUCAUGGGCAAUUGCUACUCCAUCAGUUUCUUCAUCACCAGAACAUCAUCUUCCUCUGUUCAAGAAAAGCAGAAUUGAAGAUCAGCAAAUGCGAUUACCAUCUUUCAACAGAGCUGUUGUCAUUGAUGUUCUUAGUAAUAGUCCUCUUUAAAACUUCCCUCUAGCUUUUGUUUAUGAUCUUCUUAUUAAUCAUUUCCUAAUUAAAGCUUAAAUUGCCCAUAAUCUCUGCGUUUCAAUAGAAAGCCAUUAUCUGUAAUGGAUCAUAAAAUGAGAGAUAACUGGCAUUUUACCCCUUUAAUGAGACUUAAUGAGAAGUUAUGAUGAUCUAAUAGAUACAAUUAAGAAAUGAAAAAUAAAUUAUAAAUGUGGUAGUAUGUU